AAAUAAUUUGUCAGUUUAUUAUAAACAAAAGCCUGACCAAUUCUGUUCCUUCAUUGGGUGGAUUACUCUGAUCCCACUAAGUUGAAUUAGUUUCAAAUAACAAAGUCAAUCCUUAAUAAUUAAUUCAUCCCCUAUAUUAUUAUUAUUACCUUCUCCAAUUCAAGGCUGUCAUCAGUUUUGCUACAAUACAUGUAAAGUUGAAUCUUGUGAGAAUGAGCAGCUUGAUUCCCUGUCAAUUGUUUCUACGAGAAUAUGUUGUAUGCUUAAUUGCUUCCGGGUCAGUCACUCUUUGAUUUUGUGAUCUUUCGCCGCCCUACGAAAAACAAUUUUACCUAAGUCGAGUGUAAUGCUGCCUGAUAUCUGUGGAUCGAGCUUGCUUUUUGCUUUGCCGGAUGAUAUAUUUUCUGUAAUAACGAGUUCCCUCUCUCUGAGGGAUGUGUGUAAUCUUGGUCUCAGCUGUCCAGGUCUCGACGCUGUUCUGUCCUCCGACAAGGUAUGGCUUUCCCAAUGUGAUAAAUUGGGCCUACUCCCUUUUAGUACUCUCAUCGAAUGGAGAAAGGGAGUUCUUUCUUACAAGGCCCUUUGUCGUUUCUUGGUGAAUAUUCAACCGUUGAUUGGUAUUUGGGUCUACAGAAAUCCCGAACUCGGGAAUGUUGUAUAUGUUAUGCCUGGCUUUCUAUCGGUUAUUGGAUGCCGGAUAAUUCCCCAAGAGAUAGGCCCUUUAGGCCUUGAAGAUAGCCCUAUUUUGUGGGCACCUGUAUUUGAAAUUAUCUGCAAAUACGACUGCUCUAAAGCAUUCUUUUUACACGGGAGGGAGCAAGGAGCAGAUUAUGUUUAUCCUGGAUUGCUAAAAUCAUUCGAUAGGGAUUGUAAUGUGCUUUUGCUCGAGGUUGAGCAUCGGCUUCAACGUGAUGAAGGAAAACUGGCUGAUAUUAAGAAGUUUGCUGAUGAAGCGAAGAAGGAGAAAUCUAAGUCACAGAGAAUAGUCGGACAGAAAUGGACUGAAAAUCCUUUUAUCCGUUUGGAAUCUGAUGAUCGGAGCAGGCUCCUCGAUUUUGUUACUAGCCAAGUCCGUGAUGUUGUUCCCGAGGCAGCAAAUGUGUUAUUGUUUCCUCGCUCGAGAACCGAUGAGGUUGAUUCGAAACAAGAUUUCGCAGCCUUACAUGAAAGGAGAUUGUUGCUCUUAGAAUUGUAUGAGCAUGGUAACGUGAAUCAUGAUUUAAAAUCCGAUGAAGGAUCGCCUUCGAAUCCCACCGAAUUAGGAUCAAGUGAUGAUGUCAGCGAAAGUCUCGACAGUACGACUGGCCGUCAGGAUCAGUCCAGUAAGGGUAAGAAGACUCUCUCUGCGUUUCUGAAGAACGGUCUCAAAAAGUUACUAAGGCAAUCGAGCUCGACAAACAGCGAUCGAGAAUAUCAGGAGGCGGCUAUUACCAAUAACCAGAUAACACUUGACGAGUUUCUUGAAUCGGGCAAUUGGGUUGGAUUGAGCGUACGAGCUGCAACCAUGCAAUUAAGUCGUUAUCAAGCGUGGCCUAUUAUGCAGAAAAGUAUAUCCGCUCUCUAUAAAUUGCCUGUUCAGACUCCCGAGGCGGGUGAUGAGUAUGCCGGUUUAUGGGCAGGGAGUUCUGGUUGGCCGCCAUCUACCGGCAUGCCCAACGGGUACCUCUGCUUCAUUUUCAUCUCUUAUGAAGAAUCCGAAGGGCAGCGACAAAUGUUUGCCAACAAGAUAUUACAAGGUAAACGUGUUAUGUAUCCUAAUGGAUCAGCUUUGUUUUUCGUGAAUACUUAUCAACCAUCCGUUGACAUAUUCCCGUGGGAUACAGACGAAGAAUCGAAUCCUAUUAGUGUUAAGCAGUCGUUUAAGGGGGAAGGUAUUUCGGAUGGUUAUGGUUUUAGAUACCCUGGUUCUAAACCGGGUUCGCUUUUUGUUCUUGAAAAUGGAAUGCUCGUUUUCAUAUGGAAGGAGUCGAGGGAUGUGUUGACCUUGAAGAGGCUCGAUUUGGCUGAUCUUUUAAAGAGAGGUGAAAGAGUGCCUUCUUUACCACCAAUUUCCAACUUUGCGUAUCUGACGCUGGAAUACAGAAAUGUUUACUCUGGAUCUUCAGAAAUUUGGUGAUUAAUGUAUUUUUUCUUGUCUUUUCUCCGAGGUAUGAAUUUCUAAAAACAUUGCUUCUUUUUAUGGAUGUACUAUUUUUUUCUCAUCGUAUCCAAAUUCGUUCCUUGUUAUAUAAUAAAAUGUUUGUCCCACCCUU